ACUUGGCAUCGCACCACCCAGAGAAGAAGAAGAAGAAGAAGAAGAGAGUGACUCACGAACCGAUCAACAUAUCCUCGCCCCGAAAUUCCCUGUCACGCCAUCCUCUCCUUCUUCUUGGGCAAUUGCAUCGGAAAUCUGUGGGAGAUUCUUCGCCUUCGAGGCCUGCUUGUAGCCGGGCGGUCUUCCGGUUGCCGUCGUUCCUCGCGGGCGCGCGCCAUGAACCAGGGAAGAGGAGCUUCUUCUACUUCUUCUUCGUCGUGAGACAAUAGAACUGUUAUGGCGAUUUCAACUGCACAAGCGGAGAGUAUGACGUCUUUGAGCAGUGAUCUUUUCUAUGACAUACUGAGGCGCCUCGAUGGUCCAACCUUAGCUAGUGCUGCAUGUGCUUGUGCUGCAUUUUGUUCUAUCUCAAGAGAAGAGAGAUUAUGGGAAAAUGUAUGCUCAUCCAUGUGGCCAUCAACCAAUAAGGAGGAUGUCAAAAGCUUGAUAUCAUCUAUUGGAGGGUUCAAGAAAUUCUAUGCGGAUUGUUUCCCCCUCAUUGUAAAUAAAGAAGUCACUGAGUAUCAGCGGAAUGAAUAUCUCGGGGACCCUGAAGAAUGGACCGAGGCUGAAUAUUAUGGGGAUAUGGAUGAAUCUGAGAGUAUAUCACCCUCGGAUUUUGUCUCUCUAGUGGAUAUCAGGUAUAAAGACCGACCGGUAUGCUCGAAAGUGCUGUGGGGAAUUCCUAAUGCGAAUGGUUUCGAUGGGUGGUUCUACAAUUGUCCAUUCCGGGUCGAUCUUCUCACCUAUCCAUCAUCUAGAGACAAUGAUUGUGAUGAUGAAGUUACUCUUUCGGUUUUGGAUGGUCUACCCCCGGUUACAUCCAUGGAGAGAGAGAGGAAAGAUGGAAAGCUAUGGCGAGAACUUCGUGAUGGACUCCGGCUCAGUUGGAUCAUCGUCAACAGAAAAGCUAAGCAAGCUGCUAAUCUUGCGAGUUGGAGCCCACUUGGCGGGCAAAGGCACUGGCCCACAGACAAAGAUUUCGUGAUUCGCUUUGGAUCAGUCCUUUCCGCAAAGGAUAUUCUUCCCUGUCAGGUGGUCGAGUGCGUCCUGAUUAUGAAGUUCAGGAUGACUCGUAUGGAAGGAGAAGGCGUCCACACAACACUCAAGUUGACCGAGCUGAGCAUGCAGCUGGAGGACAUGGAAAGCGCUCACGUCAAUGGAAGAAACAGUUUGCUUAUUCUGAAGGCAGCACUGAGCUGUCGCCGAAGCAAAAAUUACAGCGAAGUUCUCGAGUCGUGUCGCCUGUACUCGAAAGUGCAGAGCGAGUUGAAAGAGGAGAAGAUGAGAAAUGAGAACAGGUUAGAUAGGCUUUGUAUCUUGAGCGGCAUCACCGCAUUCGCUACACUCUGGUACUACUACAUCUUGUGAAUGAACAAGUCUUUUCGUUCUUUUUAGCGGGAUGUCUCGAGUCUCUUAACGGACAUUCAAAAUUUUGUACUCUUUGAUCCUCUAACAACUCCCUAUAUCGUAUUCUUACUAAUGCGAAUGGACCCAAGUUUUGUACUCA